AUGGCGUUCAACGAUGACUUUCUAAGACGUGAAAGUGAACUCGUUGCUAUAAAAGAACUCAUUGUGGAACCCUGGAAGCACUUACCCACCCUGACGCGCUGGACCAACAACACGACCGCCUCCACCCCGCCCGACCUCGCUCUCUCUGCGGACUGGGAGCUGAUCUACGCCCUGGUCCCUCCGUACAUCUUCACCAUCUCCGCCCUGGGCCUCCUCUUCAACAGCUUCGUCCUGGCGGUCUUCCUCGCCACCAGAGACCACCUCACCGUCGCCGAGAUCUACCUGAGCAACCUCGUGCUCGCCGACUUCCUCCUCAUGUGCUGCUUGCCGUUCUGGGCCAUGAACAUCCUCGCCGAGUUCAACUGGCCCUACGGCGACGCUCUGUGCAAGACCGUCAACUCCAUCAUCGUGGUCAACUUGUACGUAAGCAUCCUCACGCUGGUCAUGAUUAGCGUGGAUCGUUAUUUGGCGCUGGUGAAGACUAUGAAAGCGCUGUGGCUACGACGAACGCUUUACGCCAAAAUAAUCUGCUUCGUGUUGUGGGCGGUCGCGGUUUUGCUCAGUCUUCCGAUGCUGAUCCACAGGAAGGUCAUGUACGUCGAACAACUGGAGACACUUUCAUGUGUCCUUGACUACGAACAUGAAAGUUCUUGGAAGCUGGCCCAUCAGAUCCUCAUGAACUUGGCCGGUUUCGCACUUCCACUUCUGGUCAUUGUUUUUUGCAGCGCCAACAUAAUCAGAUCGUUAUCGAAGAGGAGGACGAUGGCUUUCCAGGAUGUCAGUGACAAGAAGGCCACCGCUUUGGUCUACGCGGUCACUCUGGUUUUUCUAUUUUCCUGGAGUCCAUUUCAGAUCUUCACUUUCUUGGAUGUUCUUUGCGAUCUGAACGUGCUAGAAGAGGCGAAGUGGUACCACGCGCUGGAUAUAGGAGGGCAGGUGUCGGUGUAUCUGGCGUUUCUCAACAGCGUGCUCAAUCCGCUGCUCUACGUGUGCUCAGGGCAGUACUUCAGAAGGAAGGUUCGCGCCAUCUGCAGGCGGAGCAGGAGAGGCAGGAGGGGGUCGGACAUGACCGUGUACCAGAGGUCGGUCAUAUCCACGUACCUCAACAGAACGGAGCAGAUCAAACCCGUGGUGCUGUACACAAAGGAACAUCUGUGA